CACAAAACUAACCCAUGCUAUUGCCACUUCAGAAAGUGAUAAGAAGAGUUGAGCUAAGUGUCUCAGUAACAGCAUUGCUGGGGAAUGCCAGACUUCAGGUGUUGUGAAGAUGGCCCUCGGCUGGUGCAUUGGGAGAUAAAGCGUCGGCACUGGCUGCUAGUGGGUGCCUGUGGCUGGGUCCUCAUGCUGCUCAUGGUAGCCAGCCGAUUCAUCAACUACAACCUGCGGGUGCCGGAUGACUACAGUAGUAAGGCAGAGUCACGGUCCUGGCCUGAGCUGACCAUCCACACAGUGAAACCUCAAAGACCAGCAUUGCAUUCUAACAAUGUGUCGACUGCAGCAGUCUUAUCCACCGUCCCGUCGGACUGGCACUCAGUGGUGGAGAAGCGCCUGGACAUGCUGGCCGCCGUCUGCAAGAACAGCUCCCUACGAAACUACACCCACACGCCCAUCAAUAAGUUCCUCCUGGACCGCAUCUUCGUCUGCGACAAGCAUAAGAUCCUCUUCUGCCAGACCCCCAAGGUUGGCAACACGCAGUGGAAGAAGGUCCUCAUUGUUCUCAAUGGGAAAUACUCCAAAGUGGAGGACAUUCCAGAACCAUUGGUCCAUAAUCAUAAGAAGAAUGGCUUGCCACGCCUUUCAUCCUUAAAGGAGAACGAGAUCAAAGAAAGACUGGACAAUUACUUCAAAUUCUUCAUCGUACGUGACCCUUUCGAGCGCAUCAUUUCCGCCUACAAGGACAAGUUUGUGAAGAACCCGCGCUCUGAACCCUGGUACAAGCAUGACAUUGCGCCCGCCAUCAUCCGCAAGUACCGCAAGAUGCGCCAGGACACUGAGGACUCGAGCGCCCCCCGACACGCCCGAGGACUGCGCUUCGAGGACUUUAUGCGCUACCUGGGCGACUCCGUUGGCCAAAAGCAACUGAACAAAAAGUUCAGGCAGUAUGUGAUCCACUGGAUAACGUACGUGAAGCUGUGCGCCCCGUGCGACAUCAAUUACGACGCAGUGGGCCACCACGAGACGCUGGAUCGCGAUGCGCCCUACAUCCUCAAGGCGGCUGGCAUCGACAACCUGGUGUCCUACCCCACCAUCCCGCCGGGCAUCACGCGCUACAACCGCACCAAAGUGGAGAGCUACUUCUCCGGCAUCAGCAAGCGGGACAUCGGCCGCCUCUACGAGCACUUCAUGGGGGACUUUGAGCUUUUUGGCUACCCACGGCCUGACUUCCUGCUUGACUGAGUUGGCGUUACAAGGAGCGCUAGAGAAAGCACCUUCUAUCAGAGGCGGAUUAACUGAAUUGAGAAAUUGAUAUGGCCCGGCGUGCAUUUCUCUAUUCUGCCUGCACUCUAGCUUAACUUCCUGAAGUACCUACUGUAUGGAUCAGUGGGCUUUUAGGGAAUCGUUUGGACUGAAUAUGUGGCAGGACUUUUACUCUCUGAACCCGGGAUGGCAGCCCUCUGCCUCCCAUUAGGCUAA